AUCGUUACACCCCUACACCAGACCCAACAAUGCAGAUGAGCUGAAGGCCACUGUCAAGGAAACCUGGGCUUCCAUACCACCUCAGCAGUGCCACAAACUGAUCACCUCCAUGCCACGCCGAAUUGAGGCAGUAAUUACAGCAAAAGGAGCCCUUACCAAGUAUUGAGUACAUUGACAGGCUGCAAUAUGAGAUAUUAGAUUCAGACUUCCAGAUUAACAGGAACCACAAGAAUUUCACAGACAAAUUCCUAGAAAUCUUCCAGGAUCUUCAAAAGAAAAUAAUCAAAUUCCUAAAAAAUGAGCUGGAAAUGUUUGAAAAAAUAUUACAAAAAGAGAACACGCAAAACUUUGUGAAGGACUUUAAUGAGAAUAGAUGUAGAAUCAAAGAAGCAGCUCUUGAUCUCACGCUCUUCUUCCUGAGAGAGAUGAAGCAAGAUGAAGCUGCUGAUACUCUAGAAGAUGAACUCAUCUUCAUUCAUCAGCUAAAGUGUAGUCUAAAGAAGAAGUAUCAAUGUGUGUUUGAAGGAAUUGCAAAGCAAGGUGACUCCACACUUCUGAAGAACAUCUACACAGAUCUCUAUAUCACUCAGGGUUGUAGUGAACAGGUCAAUACUGAACAUGAGGUAAGACAGAUUGAAGUUGCUUCCAGACGUCAUGAAUCACAAGAGAUACAAGUUGAGUGCAAAAAUUUGUUUGAAGCACCUGAACAAGACAAGCAGAUCAGAACUGUACUGACAAAAGGAGUUGCUGGCAUCGGAAAAUCAGUCUCUGUGCAGAAGUUUGUUCUGGAUUGGGCCGAAGGAAAAGAAAAUCAAGAUAUCAGCUUCAUAUUUCCUCUUCCAUUUAGAGAGAUGAACGUAAAGGAGAAAGAAAAACUAAGUUUGAUGGACCUUAUAACUCAGUUUUUCCCAGAGACAAAAGGACUGAAGCUUACAAGAAGAAAUCAAUUCAAAGUCUUGUUCAUUCUUGAUGGAUUGGAUGAAUGUCGACUUCCUGUAAACUUUGAGGACAAUGAGACGUGGUCUGAUAUAUCAUCACCAGCCUCUCUUGAUUUUCUCCUAACGAACCUCAUCAAGGGAAAUCUGCUUCCUUCUGCUCUCAUCUGGAUCACCACCAGACCAGCAGCUGCCAGUAAGAUUCCUCCUGACUGUAUCGACCGGCUGACAGAGAUACGAGGAUUCAAUGAUGCACAAAAGGAGGAGUACUUCAGAAAGAGAUUAAUGGAUGAGAAUCAGGCCAAAGAAAUCAUUGAUCAUGUUAAACAAUCAAAGAGUCUCUUUAUCAUGUGCCACAUCCCAGUCUUCUGCUGGAUUUCAGCCACUGUUCUUCAGAACAUUUUAGAGGAGAAAAGAAAUAAUGUUAUGAAAAACAAUCAAGCUGAUGAUGCCUCCAGAACACUCCAGAAGUCAAAUACUGAAGACACUCCUAAGACUCUGACACAAAUGUACACACACUUCCUCAGAUUUCAGAUCCAACAGAGCAGACGAAAGUAUGAUGGAGAAUAUACACCAGAUGUUUCCUGGGAUAAAGAUGCCAUCUUUUCACUGGGGAAACUGGCAUUUCAUCAGCUGGAAAGAAACAAUGUGAUCUUCUAUGACACAGAUCUGGAAGCCUGUGGUAUUGACGUCUAUAAGGCAUCAGUGUACUCAGGCAUGUGUACCCAGAUCUUUAAGGAGGAAACAGGGAUCAUUCUUGGUACCAUGUACUGCUUCGUUCACUUGAGCAUUCAAGAGUUUAUUGCAGCUCUUUAUGCACAUCUGUUUCUAGACAUCAACAAGAAAUAUGUGUUUGAUCAAGACUCUACAGAACAGGAAAACAAAAGUGAAACCAUGAUUGAUUUGCUCAAGACUGCAGUGGACAAGGCACUAGAGAGUAAUAAUGGACACCUGGAUCUUUUUCUUAGAUUCCUCCUUGGUUUGUCACUCCAGUCCAAUCAGCGACUCUUACAGGGUCUGUUGACACAGCAAAAUGGAAAUGACCAGAGCAACAAGGAAAUAGUACAGUACAUCAAGCAGAAAUUUGAAGCUAAUCUGUCUCCAGAGAGAUCCAUCAAUCUGUUCUACUGUCUGAAUGAACUGAACGACCAAACUCUGGUGAAAGAGAUUCAGACCCACCUCAGCAAAGGAAGUCUCUCAUCUGCUGAUCUUUCACCUGCCCAGUGGUCUGCUUUGGCCUUUGUGUUGUUGACAUCAGAGGAGGAGCUGGAGGAGUUUGAGCUUCAGAAAUUCAAGAAAUCAGACGAGUGUCUCAUUAGAUUAUCAGCAGUCAUCAAAACCUCCAAAAGAGCUCUGCUAAAUGAUUGUGGCUUAACAGACAAAAGCUGUUCAGCUCUGGCUACAGUUCUUGGAUCUGAUACCAGUCUGAAAGAGCUGAACAUGAACAAUAAUAAUCUGCAGGAUUCGGGAGUGAAGCUGCUCUGCACUGGACUGGAAAAUAUGAAGUGUCAUUUGGAGAUACUGAGGCUAAAUGAUUGUGGCUUAACAGACAAAAGCUGUUCAGCUCUGGCUAAAGUUAUUGGAUCAGAUACCAGUCUGAAAGUGCUGAACAUGAGCAAUAAUAAUCUGCAUGAUUCAGGAGUGAAGCUGCUCUGCACUGGACUGAAUAAUAUAAAUUGCAAAUUAGAGAUAAUGAGACUUUCAGACUGCAGUAUCACUGAAGAAGGUUAUAAAGCUCUGGCUUCAGCUCUGAGAUCAAACCCUUCACACCUGAUAGAGCUGGAUCUCACAGGAAAUGAUCCUGGACAAUCAGGAGUGAAGCAGCUCAGUGAUUUACUACAGGAUCCAGACUGUCAACUGAAGACACUGAGAUUUUUGGGUCCUGCUGCAGAUGAAGCCUGUCAGUAUGUGACUGGAAUUGUGGGUAAAAACCCGUUACUCCUGAGAGAGCUGAAUCUGAGUGAACAUGAACUAGGAGACACACGAGUGAAUCAGAUCGCUGCUCUACUGCAGGAUAAACACUGUCAACUCAACACACUGAUUCUGAAUAACUGCUGUAUCACAGAAGGAGGUUGUCAUGUUCUGGCUGCAGCUCUAAAUUCAAACCCUUCAAAUCUGACAGAGCUGGAUCUGAGUGAGAAUAAACUAGGAAACCCAGGAAUGAAGAUCAUCUUGACUCUGUUUGAAAAUGUACAGUGUAGACUGGAAAAGCUGAAUAUUACAGAUGAAGGCUGUGCUGCUCUGGCAUCAGCAUUUAAUUCAAACCUCAGAGAGCUGGAUCUGAGCAGGAAUCAAAUAAGAGACUCUGGAGUGACAGAAAUCUCCAGUCUGCUGAGAAAUUCACAGACACUACAGAUACUCAGUCUGAAUAACUGCUGUAUCACAGAAGGAGGUUGUCAUGUUCUGGCUGCAGCUCUAAACUCAAACCCUUCAAAUCUGACAGAGCUGGAUCUGAGUGAGAAUAAACUAGGAAACCCAGGAAUGAAGAUCAUCUUGACUCUGUUUGAAAAUGUACAGUGUAGACUGGAAAAGCUGAAACUUUCAGAUUGCAGUAUCACUGAAGAAGGUUAUAAAGCUCUGUCUUCAGCUCUGAGAUCAAACCCUUCACACCUGAUAGAGCUGGAUCUCACAGGGAAUGAUCCUGGACAAUCAGGAGUGAAGCAGCUCAGUGAUUUACUACAGGAUCCAAACUGUCAACUGAAGACACUGAGGUUUUUAGGUCCUGCUGCAGAUGAAGCCUGUCAGUAUGUGACUGGAAUUGUGGGUAAAAACCCGUUACUCCUGAGAGAGCUGAAUCUGAGUGAACAUGAACUAGGAGACACACGAGUGAAUCAGAUCGCUGCUCUACUGCAGGACAAACACUGUCAACUCCACACACUGCUACUUUCAGACUGCAGUAUCACUGAAGAAGGUUAUAAAGCUCUGUCUUCAGCUCUGAGAUCAAACCCUUCACACCUGAUAGAGCUGGAUCUCACGGGGAAUGAUCCUGGACAAUCAGGAGUGAAGCAGCUCAGUGAUUUACUUCAGGAUCCAAACUGUCAACUGAAGACACUGAGGUUUUUGGGUCCUGCUGCAGAUGAAGCCUGUCAGUAUGUGACUGGAAUUGUGGGUAAAAACCCGUUACUCCUGAGAGAGCUGAAUCUGAGUGGACAUGAACUAGGAGACACACGAGUGAAUCAGAUCGCUGCUCUACUGCAGGAUAAACACUGUCAACUCAACACGCUGAUUCUGAAUAACAGCUGUAUCACAGAAGGAGGUUGUCGUGUUCUGGCUGCAGCUCUAAACUCAAACCCUUCAAAUCUGACAGAGCUGGAUCUGAGUGAGAAUAAACUAGGAAACCCAGGAAUGAAGAUCAUCUUGACUCUGUUUGAAAAUGUACAGUGUAGACUGGAAAAGCUGAAGUUAAACUGCAUCAGUAUUACAGAUGAAGGUUGUGCUGCUCUGGCAUCAGCGUUUAAUUCAAACCUCAGAGAGCUGGAUCUGAGCAGGAAUCAAAUAAGAGACUCUGGAGUGACAGAAAUCUCCAGUCUGCUGAGAAAUUCACAGACACUACAGAUACUCAGACUUUCAGACUGCAGUAUCACUGAAGAAGGUUAUAAAGCUCUGUCUUCAGCUCUGAGAUCAAACCCUUCACACCUGAUAGAGCUGGAUCUCACAGGAAAUGAUCCUGGACAAUCAGGAGUGAAGCAGCUCAGUGAUUUACUACAGGAUCCAAACUUUCAACUGAAGACACUGAGGUUUUUGGGUCCUGCUGCAGAUGAAGCCUGUCAGUAUGUGACUGGAAUUGUGGGUAAAAACCCAUUACUCCUGAGAGAGCUGAAUCUGAGUGGAUGUAAACUAGGAGACACACGAGUGAAUCAGAUCGCUGCUCUAUUGCAGGAUAAACACUGUCAACUCAACACACUGAUGUUAAACUGCAUCAGUAUUACAGAAGAAGGUUGUGCUGCUCUGGCAUCAACGUUUAAUUCAAACCUCAGAGAGCUGGAUCUGAGCAGGAAUCAAAUAGGAGACUCUGGAGUGACCGAAAUCUCCAGUCUGCUGAGAAAUUCACAGACACUACAGAUACUCAGACUUUCAGACUGCAGUAUCACUGAAGAAGGUUAUAAAGCUCUGUCUUCAGCUCUGAGAUCAAACCCUUCACACCUGAUAGAGCUGGAUCUCACAGGGAAUGAUCCUGGACAAUCAGGAGUGAAGCAGCUCAGUGAUUUACUACAGGAUCCAAACUGUCAACUGAAGACACUGAGGUUUGUGGGUCCUGCUGCAGAUGAAGCCUGUCAGUAUGUGACUGGAAUUGUGGGUAAAAACCCGUUAUUCCUGAGAGAACUGAAUCUGAGUGAACAUGAACUAGGAGACACACGAGUGAAUCAGAUCGCUGCUCUACUGCAGGAUAAACACUGUCAACUCAACACACUGAUUCUGAAUAACUGCUGUAUCACAGAAGGAGGUUGUCAUGUUCUGGCUGCAGCUCUAAACUCAAACCCUUCAAAUCUGACAGAGCUGGAUCUGAGUGAGAAUAAACUAGGAAACCCAGGAAUGAAGAUCAUCUUGACUCUGUUUGAAAAUGUACAGUGUAGACUGGAAAAGCUGAAGUAAGUGUUUUAAAAGUGUAUAACAUUAAUUACCCAGACUCUAGUGACCCACCACAGCUUCAUAAAUUUGAAAAUAUUUUACACUUCUCAUCAGGACUGCACAAUUAAUCAAAAUAAAAUGAAAUUGUGAUAUGGGUUAGUGGAGUUAUCAAAUCACAAAAGGCUGCUAUUUAAUUAAAUAUACAGUCUGCAGUGCCACGUGCUUACG